UUUUUUCCUUGAGAAUUAAAAAGAAAAUGUUGAUUUCAUCAUCUUAUUGACAUUUACAUUGACUCUAGGAGAGCAGAGAGAGAGAGAGAGAGACUAUCCCCAAAAGAGGGAAGUCUUGUAUUGAGAGAAGUAAGAAAUGCGGAGACUGUAUAUCCGGCUUGGAAUUAGGGUUUUUGGACAUGGACUCACCUAAAUCGUGCAAGCCUACCACCACUACCGCUGCUGAAACUGCUCCUGCUCAAGACUCUCCGGUUUUUAGUUAUAUUAGCAACCUUUCUCCCAUACAGCCUGUCAAGGCCCCACCAGUUACACAAGGUUUCCCAGGGCUUAAUUCUCCACCUCUUGUAUUCACAUCACCGCGACUCAAUCCCCACAGCCAGCCAACUUUCCUUAAAAGGGCGCAAUUCCCAGGUCUAUCAGCUGCCAAAAUAUCUGGACUGGAUGAAGGUCGCAAGAUUAGUGUUACUACCACCAAUGCAUCAGAAAAUUUAGCUGCUCAGCUCAACUCUAGGCUAAUUACUAGCAAUGAGAAAGACUCGUAUAGCUCUGUGGAUGAUCAAAUUGAAAGUCCCCAGGGAUGUCCUGAUCAGUUCUUGACUGAUGUUGAGAACAUGGAUUCUGUCGAUCCGAAUAUUUCAUCUGAUUCUACCAUAGAAAAAUCCGAAAACAUGGGUCAACCACCAGAUGCGGUAAGAGGCUCAAAGGAAUUAAUAAUAAAACACGACGAAACAAGUCAACGGAUGUCCGUUGCACCUCCUUCCUUAACAACGGAAAUCAAAGAGGUACAUCAGCAAGAUACAUUAAUUGAUGUGAGUGCAGUAGAAACUGAUAUAAAGCAGGGAGGUAGCAAUUCAAUUUAUCAGUGUUCAAAGAUUGAAUCUAAGUUGUUUGGAGACCAUGCUUCUACAAACCCAGAGCAGGAUUCCAUGACUGAGAAUGUAGAAGCGGAGCAGGUUUGUCCUUCGAAUCAAUCCUCGCAGUUACUCUCAGGAUCAGUGCAAAUUGAGAAAGAUCAUGAAAAUUCAGUUGGGGCUACUGGAGCAGUGUUGAUAGAAUCAGUUUUGAACAAAGUCCAAAAUGAUCCUGAGGCUUUCCAACUCCGUGGCAUACGCAGACGUUGUCUCCAGUUUGAAAAUGCUCACAAGGUAAUAACUAAUCAGGCUGCUCAAAGUCCUGACAGUGGGGCCCCAGUAUCAACUCCCAUCAAUGGGGGACAGGCGGACACAGUCCAGCCCAUGUAUCCUAGAAAUAUGAAUUCUACCAUAAAGAUUCCCAAGCCUUCAGGUAUUGGUUUGCACCUAAAUAGUAUUGUCAAUGCUGUACAAGCUGGAUCUACUGCGGUUGUGCAUGUUAAAUCAGCUCAGAGGGGUAACUUCAGUAUACGGGGAAAGAAGUCUGUUCCUAUAAUCAAUUCUCAUCUAUCUGAUAACUCAAUUAGCUCUUCAGUAUUCUCUCCUCCAGAGAAUGUUUCAGCAAGCACCGAUGAAAAUAGGUGUGAAAGCCUCGCCUCGCUGGCGGCUAAUUCUGCUGCUUCUUAUAUUGUUAAGCCUUCAGACAACUCCAUCUUAGAUCCAGUGGAGGAUCAAUCAACUCCAGGUAACAAGAGGAAGUAUAACAAUACUGAAACUGAUGGCAGUGCUGAGGAAUUGAAGUCCAGCCCCAAAAAGAAAAGGAAGAAAUCUUCUGACUCCAGUGAUGGUGAUGGCGGCAAACGGUGCAAUUGUAAAAAGAGUCAAUGCUUAAAGCUUUACUGUGAUUGCUUUGCUGCCGGGAUAUACUGUGGGGAGAGUUGUGCUUGUCAGGGGUGCUAUAACAGAACGGAAUAUGAGGAUACGGUUCUUGAGACACGGCAACAAAUUGAAUCGCGGAAUCCCCUUGCAUUCGCUCCUAAAGUGGUACAGCACAUUAGUGAGCCAGCAGCAACCAGUAGUGGGGAAGAUGGAACUCUAUUCACGCCAUCCUCAGCAAGGCACAAAAGAGGGUGCAAUUGCAAGAAGUCCAUGUGUCUCAAGAAGUAUUGUGAGUGCUAUCAGUCGAAUGUUGGUUGUUCAGAUGGAUGCCGAUGCGAAGGAUGUAAAAAUGUCUAUGGCCGAAAGGGAGAAUAUGGCGUGAUUAAGGAUGUUUUGAGUGUAGAGGGUACUGGUGAAAGAAGAGAAGGCUCAUUUACUGAACAGAUAAUGGCACCCGGAAAUGGUUAUAAUCAUACUGAGCUUUGCAAUCCUCAUAGCUUGACUCCUCUGACGCCAGCAGUCCAGUUCCCAGACCACAGACAGGAUGCACCGAAAGCAUGGCUUCAUUCUGGAAAAUACUUCCAGUCACCUGAAUCUAGUCUCACUUUUGUAGCACCAUAUAUGAUGUCUCCAGGGUCUCCUAGAAAUUCAGAGAAUAACGGCAUGAUCUCAGGAAAUGCCCCAGGAGUUCUGGAUCUGGUUUCUCCUGAUCAAGGAUUAUUUUAUGGUAAUGCAGAAAUGGGGAAUGAAUACUCAACAGUUAGUGACCAAUCAGGGAAGAUAGAGAAUCUUUCUAGUCUACCAGGUGCUAAGGAAUGGGCAUCUCGAUCUUUUUCAGGAAAUAAAUCCUAUUCUUCAGUGAGCUCCCUUCGGUGGCGUGGUUCACCAAAUACUCCCAUGGCUCAAUUCAGUGGCCAUAAACCUCUCCAAGUGAUUGAGCUUGAGUCUGAUUUCUCCAACACUUUGCAAGAUGAUACACCAGAUAUAUUGAAGGACAGUCCUACACCAUUGAAUGCAGUGAAGGUAAGCUCCCCAAAUAAGAAACGUGUGUCUCCUCCUCAUGGCCAGCAACAUGAGUUUAGUUCAAGCUCAUCUGAUGGCCUGAGAACUGGUCGGAAGUUCAUCUUGAAAGCUGUUCCUUCAUUUCCACCUCUUACCCCAUGCAUUGAUUCCAAAAGUGUCGUAACUGAGCAGAAAAAUGAUCCUCAAAGUUGUAGUCACAACAAAUGACCAGAACUGAGAAGAUAUGCUUGUUGUCUGUGUUUGUCAUGAUCUGCCAGUAGAUGUCUACCUCGGAGUUAUACACGGGCAUACAUAUAUCACAAUGGGCACAAAAUCAUGGGACAUCUUAAGGCACAUUUGCAGUCACCAAGACGUCAUGUUUAAAGAUUGAACAAAAGCCAUGAGCAGAGCUGUGAAAUCCUUCCAAUGCCUUCUCAAACUGCCUCCCUUUUGUUCAUCCUUUUACAUGUAAAGAAUGUUGCACAUCUGAUUGUAAGAAGCAACAAGGUCAAGUUAUUCAAAAUUUUCACCUGAUGAUGUCCAAACACCGAGGCAUUGAAGAUAAUAGAGGGCUAUCUCUUAUCUUGAUUCUUAGCCUUCUGUUACGAAUACCAGAGCAUGUUGGUUCCAAUCUAUCUCCUGGUUGAAGAAAAGAAAUAAAAGAAUAUGUUUGAUUGAUACUAGCAGCUAGCAAUAGUUUUAUCCGGGCCUAUUCCAGUAAAAGAAUUUGAAGUACAUUAUGUCUUGACUAGUUUGAAAUUCUAUCGAUGUCAAUGACCUUUCCAUGUCUUUA